CUCCGGCGAGCUGUGCGCCACCGCCGCCGCCGUCAACAGGAUGGACGCUCAGGCGCCGUGGAGGGUGGGCUCCAGGGUGUCGUACAAGAACGCCACCCUCGCCUUGUGCGCCAUCAACGCGCUCGCGGUAGCCCUCCUCCUCCGCAACCACUUCUCGGCCUGGCCGCGCCUCGCCGGCAGCCACCGGUUCGACUCAGCUCAGCUACGGUACAUAUGGGAGUCUGAAGAGUUGCGUCGUGCGAUGGAGCCCGUAGAUUUGAUGAAGAGAGUGAAGGAAAUUGAGCAAGAAUCUUACGGUGAGCAUGGCAUGUCAACGCAAGAAGAUCCCAAGCAGACGGCUGCCGUUGACUUAUCAAACAGGCUCAAGGAUUUACGGCAAGGGAAUGAUGGCAGCAGCCAAAGAGCUCUGGAGGAGUGGCGCAAGCGGAAGAUGGAGCGGGCGAGGCAGCGAGCGAUCGACAAGGACGCGAUGAUGCCUGGGACGAAAGCACGGUGAAGCGUAUGUAUGUAUUGGAGGCGUCCCGGAACGCAAGGGCGGCAUUCUUCCUUUGCUUAGUUCGGAGCUGC